AUUUACUAUUUGAAGAGUCAAAAUAUUUUUUCUUUUGACUAUUAUCUACUCAAAAAAAGGUAGCAUUUGGUAGAUCUGAACUUAUAGGCACUUUAUCUGAAUUUAUAUAACAAUCAUUUCAUUUUGAGACGAUAAGAUGUUUGACACCACUCGGGUUCUCUACAACUUUCACAACUUUCAUUAAACUACUCAAAUUGUAAACUUUUGAUGUGAUAUUUAUCUCUCAAACUAAUAUUUCAACCAUUGCUUGAAGAUAUUUCUUCUACUGUCACUAAUAUAGUUAUAGGUCAAAUUAACAUCUUAAACUUCGUCAUAUAAAAUGGACUGGAGGGCAUAUUAGUCGUUUUAUAUCAAGGUUCUGAUCUUGUGACUUUUGUUCAGUAAGAAAACAUAAAUUAGUGACCAAGAAUGAGGCUGAAGAUUGGUGAGCUUGUCUUUACUAGGCUGAAUCUGUCAAGCUUUUGCAAUGGAGGAGCAGAUAUUAUUUUUGCCAGAACUGAAUAUGUUGCUCUUUAUAUCUGAGUUGUGUUUUAAGAGCACGCCGUGAUAAUAUCCGUCAUAUCCGUUGCCCUUGCAGUUAUUCAAAUAUCGAUUUGCAACUUCCAAUAGGUUAGCAUAGUUGAAACAAUAACUACUAACUAGUGUUCAUAGAAAGGAGAGAUUGCUAACUUCUACUGCCUUCUUCUUGUGACCAGCCGUACUACAAAUUUCAUGACAUGACAAAUUUGUAGCUUGAUUUGAAGCAACUUCUAUCAAACUAAAUGAACAUGCAUAUAGAAGACAAUGGAUGGAAAUUUCAUUGUGUAUUUUGUUGAUACAAAAGUCUUAUCAAGCUGUUAUAAUUUGCAGUAUACAAUAGCAAUGCUGGGAUAUGGUCCAGAAGACACGAGUUCUGUGAUGGAGUUGACAUAUAAUUAUGGUGUCACUGAAUAUGACAAGGGAAAUGCAUAUGCACAGAUAGCUAUAGGCACAGAUGAUGUGUACAAGACCGCAGAAGCAAUCAGACUGUGUGGUGGAAAGAUUACGAGGGAACCAGGACCGCUACCUGGUAUCAGCACCAAGAUUGUAGCAUGCCUAGAUCCUGAUGGUUGGAAAUCGGUUUUUGUUGACAAUGUAGAUUUUCUCAAGGAAUUGGAGUAAGCUGUUUUCGGAAGAAAUAGUUGGCAUACACGGAACAUCUUGAGGACAUUGAUGCUUCAUCGAAAUUACUUCCUCGCCUUUGGCCGAAAUGAUACAAAGGGACUACCAUGAAAAAGAGCCUAAAAUUGUGCAUCUUGUGGAUAAAAUUACAGAAGUUGUGGCUUCACCAGCAUUAGAAGAGUAUAGAAGCAUGAACUCAUAAAUCUACGUGCUUUUUGUAAUAAGUUUACUGCCUUUUCUUACUGGAAAACUUUGCAAAGUAGGGAAUCAAUAGUUUUAGCAAAGUGAGGACUUAGUAGUGCUCUAUUUCCAAUAUGUACAAUCCCUAAUUUCAAUUGUUCAUUUAACUCUUUUUCUUCUAGUUGGACUAUAGGUACCGAGGAUCA